GUCACUGCAGCAGUAUGCAGUGAAGGUUUAUAAUUUUAUAUUUACAUGUUUUUUAUUAAUUAAGUUUUUCAUUCUUAAAAUGAUAUUUAGUGUUUGUCCAUAAUGAUAUCUUAUAACUUGCUUUCAGUCUACAGAUUUUGAUCAUGUUUAGAUAUUGAAAUUAGUCUAAUUGGAAUAUAUAUCUAGUAGGCAUAUAUAAUAUUUUCUUGUACAUAAAGCUUUUCAUAUAGUAUUCAGUAUGCUUACAUGUAGUAGAUAUAUACUUGUACAUAUUUCAGUGUUAUAAGAACUAGACACUCUGAUUAAAGAGAACUAUGUUCUCUGUGAAGGUUCUAUUCAUUCCCAGAGGAGCAAUUGUCUGGACCUUCAGACCCUUAGUACACAAACUUGGCCACAGUAAUUGUAGAACAAUGACCCCCUUUCAGUUUGUGCAGCCCCCCUUUUCUAUAGUUUCAACUUGUACUGGUAGAGCUUGGCUUGGGUUUUUAGCUUUUUGAGAAAGCCAAGUCAUUACAUUUCGGAAAGCCAGCGAGUUAACAUCAUAUUUUAGACACCUCAAAUAUUAAGUUCGAUCUAUCGAUACCUUCGAUUCAGUUUCAACAGUUCAAAGCCUCCAAUUGUAUUCUAUCUACCUACUACCUACAUCAGUAACUACAUACUACAUCUGUAUCUACUUUACUUGAUGUUACAUGAGAGAUUUGCAAUUAAAUUCGAAUCGUCAUCGGUAAUUCUCUCUGUUCGGAAUAAGUUUCUUUUGGAGUGCAUUGUUCUUCGAACCCCCCUUCGAACUCGACCGAAACUCCUUACUUAGCAUCUCGUGUUAAGUGAGGCAGCCACAAUAGAAUACAAGGGACUGAUAAUUCGUCGAUGAAACUGGAUUUCGUGAUUUCGCUAUGGAGAAUCAAACAGAUGCUGUGAGUGUUGUCAGUCACAAGUCAGCGCGGAGCAGAGCAAGUAGAUCUUCUCGAGCAAGCAGUAGGAGUGAUCACCUUAUUCUACGUCGCCAGGAAGCUGCCAUUAAAGCAAGUUCGGCAUUCGAUGAAGAAGAGGCUAAGCUGGAGUUGACACUUCGAAAUUUAAGGACACAACGAAAGCUAGCUUGUCUUCAAGCCGAACAAGCUGUUCUGGAGGAGAGCGCUGAGUCUGAGUUUUCUCAUGGACCCGAAGAAAACCACGAUCUCAAAGACAUAAAAGAGGAAAACGAAGCAGAAAGGAUUUCACGUUUUCUUAAUCGCCAGGGAGAGGAGGAAACUCCUGUCGUUACACACCUAGAAUUGGGACAGUCGUCCACAACCGUGAGUAAUUCAUCUGACGAUAUUCACAAGAUCGUCUCCUCACUUGAAAAACUCGCACAGUCAUCUCUUGAACAAGGUGUGUUAAAUCGUCAUAUGUUGAUUCAAGCCCAGUUACCAAAAGUCGAUGUUCCUUUGUUUUCUGGAGACCCACUUAGCUACCCUCUGUGGAAAAAUUCGUUCGACUCAACCGUACAUACGAAACCACUUGAUGAUGGAGCCAAAUUGAAUUUGCUUCACAGCUGUGUCGCUGGGAAGCCGAAAGAAAUUGUUCAGCACUUUGUUUUGAUUGGCUCCCCGGAUGCGUAUGAACAAGCUCGAGAGACUCUAUCUAGACGGUACGGCGACCCGACGGUUGUAAGCUCAGCCUUCACUUCUAAGCUAAAUUCGUGGGGACGCAUCAACAGCCGUGACGCAACCGGACUUCAAGAUUUCUCAGACUGCUUGGCAAAGGUCGUUGCUGCAAAGAAGUCAAUAAAGAGCCUGGGGAUUUUGGAUUUUCCUCAAGAAAAUUCAAAACUCGUCGAAAAGCUCCCCUCAUACCUCGAAAGCAAGUGGAGGGAUGAAAUCGAUCGCUACAAGGAAAAACACGGGAGACAGGAAUACCCUCCUUUCAUCGCCUUCGCUGAUUUUGUGAGGAGAGCGGCGGACAAAGCCAAUAUCCCAGAGCUCAGUGCUUCUGUGCGGGAGCAGAUAAAGCCAGUCAACCCGAAGCCAAGUGGAAAGCAUGCUCGAACUUUUGCUACUGAAGGGAAACCUUUCAAACCUUCAGGCAAGCCAUCCAAGGACAAGACCUGUCCAUAUUGUCAAGAUAAUCAUCUCAUCGAAGAAUGCUCCAAGUUUAAAAAUAUCACCCUCGAAGAGCGACGGACAUUCUUCUUCGAGAAGAAGUUGUGCUUUGGAUGUGGGCUGCACAGCAACCACCGGAGCAAGCAGUGUAAAGCCAGGCGUUCGUGUACUGUUUGCGAAGGAAGGCAUCUAUCCUGCUUCCACUCGUGGCAGAAACAGCCAGUCAAGCAGGAAGAAGCAACCGCAAACUGCACCUCGGUCUGUAGUCUCCAAGAAGUUCAAGGAAAAGACCACUCGAUGAUUGUUCCUGUGUGGGUGAGGAGUGUCAAUAACCCAUCCAAAUCAUUCUUAGAGUACGCGUUAUUGGACGAACAAUCUAAUGUCAGCUUUAUAUCACGCAAACUCUACAAUAAGCUAAACCUCCAAGGCCAAAAAACCAACCUAAAGCUGACUACGCUGCAUGAUACUUCGAUGAUUGAUACUUUCAAGGUGCAGGACUUGGAGUUGCAAGACCACAAAAGGCAAAACAUCGUUCGCCUACCCACUGCCUUUACCAGGGAUGACAUUCCUGCCACAAGGUCUCAAAUUCCAAAGACUCAGAUCGCUGAAAGAUGGCCUCACCUCAUCCGCGUGGCAGAAGAGAUGAUGCCAUAUGACCAGACUGUCGAAGUUUCUCUUCUCAUCGGAACAGACUGCCCAAGUGCAAUUCGACCUCGAGAAAUCAUCGCUGGAGGAGAAGCGGAACCUUAUGGGCAGAAAUCUCUACUUGGUUGGGGAGUCGUCGGAAGAAUCUGCAAGGAUCCAAUCGAAUCAAGUUCAGCUAGCUGUCACAAAAUAGCUGCUGAAUUGUACCAGAACCUCGCAUUCCCAACCAAGGCCAAGGAACUUCUCAUCGAAGACAAGGUGAUUAAAGCUCUAGAGACUGACUUCAAACAUGACAACUCGAAAGAACCAAUGUCAAUUGAAGACCAUAGAUUCCUUCAUCUCCUUGAGGAGGGAAUAGUGAAGAGACAGGAUGGGCAUUAUGAAAUGCCACUUCCACUAAAGACAGAUAAUGUAAGCCUUCCAUCAAACCGACAAGUAGCUGAAAAACGAUGGAGACAGCUAACAGCUCGUUUCAAGAAAAAUCCUCAGUUCCUGAACGACUAUCGAGCCUUCAUGGAUGAAGUUAUCAAGACCUGCGCAGAGAGGGCACCAGUUCACAGUGUGGAAGGGAUGGUCAACUAUGUUCCCCACACAGGAGUGUACCAUCCUCGAAAACCGGGCAAGAUUCGUGUCGUUUUCGAUUGCUCGGCAAAAUGUAAUGGCAUCUCCCUCAAUGACCAUCUUCUUCAAGGCCCGGACCUUACUAAUGGACUUCUCGGCGUCCUAUGUCGCUUCAGGCAAGAUGAUGUCGCUUUCAUGGCCGACAUCAAAAGCAUGUUCCACCAAUUCUACGUUACUGAGAAGCAUCGAGAUCUUCUUCGCUUUCUCUGGUGGGAAGACGGCAAUCCAAAUUCCAACGUGAUCGAAUAUCGGAUGAAGGUGCAUCUGUUCGGAGCGACAAGCUCACCAGGCUGUGCCAACUUUGGUCUCAAGAGGGCAGCAGAUGAUGGUGAAGAGGAAUUUGGGAGUGAAGCUGCCAACUACAUUCGUAAGGAGUUCUACGUAGACGAUGGACUGAAGUCGGUAUCGACAUCGGAAGAAGCUGUUGCACUGCUGAAGUCAGCACAAGGGAUCUGUGAAAAAGCAGGGCUUCGACUUCACAAAAUUAUGUCGAACAAGAAGGAAGUUCUGCAAAAAUUCACAACAGACGACAUGUCCAAGGGCUUGGCUGAUCUGAACCUCGAUAUCGAUCCUCUACCUCUGGAGCGUGCUCUUGGUGUAGUCUGGUGUGUUGAGAGCGACAGUCUCCAAUUUCGCAUCGAGCUCAAUGAUCGACCCCUUACCAGGAGAGGUGUCUUGUCAACUGUCUGCUCUAUAUAUGACCCUAAUGGCUUCGCUAGUCCAGUGACUCUACGUGGGAAGCAGAUCUUGCAGAGUUUAUGCCGAAGCAAGAUUGACUGGGAUAGCCCAAUUCCAGAAGACAUCAGACCACAGUGGGAGAAAUGGAGAAUGGAGAUAAGCGAACUGGAAAACUUAAAGAUUCCACGCUGCUACAAGCCCCAGAACUUCGGUUCAGUCAAGCAUGCUGAAUUACACCAUUUCUCCGACGCCAGUCAAAAUGGUUAUGGUCAGUGCUCAUACCUUCGACUUGUGAAUGAAGAGGGUGAAGUAUCGUGUUCUCUUGUCAUCGCUAAGUCUAGAGUGACCCCUCUCAAGCACCAAACCAUUCCAAGACUUGAAUUAGCUGCUGCUGUUAUCUCGGCCAAGAUGAGUGCGUUUCUUCGCAAAGAACUGACAUAUCAUGAGAUUCGUGAAUACUUCUGGACAGACAGCAAAAUCGUGUUGGGGUACAUCAGCAACGAGUCCAGAAGGUUUCAUGUCUAUGUAGCCAAUCGAGUGCAACAAAUACGCAACGUAUCUGAUCCUGCGUCUUGGUACUACGUAGACACUUCAACCAAUCCAGCAGAUGAUGCUUCUCGAGGACUCACAGCAAAAGAGUUGUUGGAGAGCAGCACUUGGCAAGCAGGUCCAGGCUUCCUGCAUGAGAAAGGACUGUUUCAUCCUCCUGAACCCAUUCGAAUUAAUGUGGAAGAAACCGACCCAGAGGUGAAGAAAUCAACAACGCUGUCAUCUAGAGUUGAAAUUCACAACACCUUCGACACCAGCCGGUUAUCGCAUCUCUCUAGCUGGAACCAAGCCAAGAGAGUAAUAGCCUUGUGCGUGAGACUCAAGCAGCGUCUAAAGAUGAGAGAGAUCAAGCUCAAAAAAUCGCCAUCUUUGAAGAGACCAAUACCUAGAAUAUCUCUGAGCGUUGCUGACCUCCAGGAAGCAGAGUUGGAAAUUCUCGGCUUAAUCCAGAAAAGGCACCUUGGUCGCGAGCGAGAGGUACUCACCAACCUGGAUGUGUCAGAUGACAACAAUCGACAGAUUGCGAAACGGAGAAAUGAUGACAUAAAGCCAACAAGCUCAUUGUAUCGAUUAGACCCAUUUCUGGAUAGCAAAGGUCUAAUUAGAGUCGGAGGUCGAAUUCAGAGGGCAAAUAUCCCAGACGAUGUGAAACACCCGGUCAUCGUCCCCAGAGAUGCUCAUCUAACAGCACUUCUUAUUCGGCAUCACCAUGAAGAAGUGAAUCAUAUGGGCAGAGGAUCGACUCACAAUCAGCUUCGUCAAGCUGGUUACUGGGUGAUAGGUGGUUCGUCAGCUGUCUCAUCCAUCAUCACCAAGUGUGUGACCUGCAAGCGACUUCGUGGACCUCUGGAGAAGCAGAAGAUGGCAGACCUCCCGACAGACAGACUGGAACAGGCUCCUCCAUUCUCUUACUGUGCUGUCGACUACUUUGGGCCGUUCUCGAUUACCGAGAAACGAAGCACAGUGAAGCGAUAUGUAGCACUGUUCACCUGCAUGGCAUCCAGAGCUGUUCAUCUGGAAUCAGCCAACAGUCUCGACACCAGUUCCUUCAUCAACUGUCUUCGAAGAUUUGUUAAUCGCCGUGGACCAGUCCGACAAAUUCGCUCUGACAGAGGAACUGCUUUCGUUGGUGCCAGAAAUGAGCUCCGAGACGCCUUAAAACAGAUGGACCAAGACAAGAUCCAGCAGUAUCUUGUUGAAAAUAACACUGACUGGAUUCCCUUCGUAAUGAACCCACCUCAUGCAUCACACAUGGGCGGCGUAUGGGAGCGCCAGAUUCAGACAGUUCGUCGUGCUCUAGAACCCCUAAUGAUGUCUGCGGGAAAACAACUAGAUGAUGAGGCAUUUAGAACAUUUCUUUCUGAAGCAGAGUCGAUCGUCAACUCAAGGCCUCUUACAACACAGAACCUGAGCUCGUCUGAUGCUCCAGAACCAUUGACACCUAACCAUCUCCUGACUAUGAAGGCCAAGGUAGUCCUCCCACCGCCAGGCAAGUUCCAGAAAGCAGACAUGUAUGCUAGAAAAUGGUGGCGUAGAGUCCAACAUCUUACCAACGAGUUCUGGACGAGGUGGAGGAAAGAAUAUCUAACCGACCUGCAAACUCGAAAGAAGUGGGCUCGUCCAACGAAAAGUCUUAAAGUCGGCGAUAUCGUCAUCUCCAAAGAAGCAGAUGAUAACCGUGCUCAGUGGCCCCUUGGAAGAGUGUCGAAAGUGUAUCCUAGCAACGAUGGGCUUGUGCGCAAGGUCCAACUCGUCAUGGCCGAUUCAUCGUUAGAUAGCCAGGGCAAGCGUAAGAAACAACCCACCAUGCUGGAAAGACCUGUACACAAAUUGGUACUUCUCUUGUCUCCAGAAGAGACCUCGGAAGCUAGUGACACAGAAGACCAAGGGAUUCCCCAUCAAGGAGCCAGCACAACACAAUGAACAUUUCAUUUGAUUUAAUUAUUUUCCUUUGUUUUCCACUUUUUGUUCUUGUCUUUCCUCUUUGUGAUUUCUUUUUCCACUCUUCUCUUGAUAGUUCGCUCGAGUAGACUUUCACUUCAUUCUUUGUUUCUGUAUUUCUACCUUUCUUGUUCUCAACUACUGUAACCUUUUAUCUCCUUUCUAUUUCUCUCAUAAUCUACUUUCAUAUUUUCGCUCAAGUCAGUUGAUUCUAACUAUUGUAUCGUUGCUUUUUGUGUUAAAAGCGCCAGCUGUUUUAUUUUGAUACUCGUGACAAAAUUUGUUUAAAAAUUAUGUAAAGUCGUUUUCGUUUAGCUUUGGAUUGGUAACUGCUAUAAUUAAGCAGUUAAAGGAGCCAUGUCACUGCAGCAGUAUGCAGUGAAGGUUUAUAAUUUUAUAUUUACAUGUUUUUGAUUAAUUAAGUUUUUCAUUCUUAAAAUGAUAUUUAGUGUUUGUCCAUAAUGAUAUCUUAUAACUUGCUUUCAGUCUACAGAUUUUGAUCAUGUUUAGAUAUUGAAAUUAGUCUAAUUGGAAUAUAUAUCUAGUAGGCAUAUAUAAUAUUUUCUUGUACAUAAAGCUUUUCAUAUAGUAUUCAGUAUGCUUACAUGUAGUAGAUAUAUACUUGUACAUAUUUCAGUGUUAUAAGAACUAGACACUCUGAUUAAAGAGAACUAUGUUCUCUGUGAAGGUUCUAUUCAUUCCCAGAGGAGCAAUUGUCUGGACCUUCAGACCCUUAGUACACAAACUUGGCCACAGUAAUUGUAGAACAAUGACCCCCUUUCAGUUUGUGCAGCCCCCCUUUUCUAUAGUUUCAACUUGUACUGGUAGAGCUUGGCUUGGGUUUUUAGCUUUUUGAGAAAGCCAAGUCAUUACAUUUCGGAAAGCCAGCGAGUUAACAUCAUAUUUUAGACACCUCAAAUAUUAAGUUCGAUCUUUCGAUACCUUCGAUUCAGUUUCAACAGUUCAAAGCCUCCAAUUGGUAAGAAUAGUUUUAUACUUCACUAUCAUAAAUAUUUCUAUGUUAAUUUCUUUAAAGUACUAGUAAUAUAGUUAAUUUAUAUGCAUUUUAGAACUCAGUUUAGGAUAUUUCUUAUUGCAAAGUUGUAGCUUUAUUUCGAGAUCAUCUUUAUGAUUAAUAAGUACAUUACAGUACCUAUAUUUGUCUUCACUUUAAAUGGUUUGAUUUGUAAAUUGUUAGCAGUAAGUUUAUUAAUGUCUUCAUUAAUUUCUGUGAUGUUUUAUCUAUAGUUCAUGAGACAUAUUUGUUAGUAAAGCUUUCUUGAAUAUUUUGUUAUUCAUAUUAUAAGGAAAUUCCAUUUAGUUACAUUAAUUAGUCUGUACCUAUGUAAUUGAUGAACUUAUUAUCAAUUUCUCCUUUUAAUGCUAGUUUGUUACAUAAUCCAGUUUUUAUGUAGUUUGUUUAGUUUAUUCAUAUUUGUUUCACUUAGCUGUUAGAAUAGUAAUUUAGCAUACAUUUUCAAGUAUUUAGUCAUAGCAUAAAGUCGCAUUAUUAGUUUUCUUUCGUAAUAUCAUUUGUGAAUUUGAAUACUAAAUGUUCGUUCUAUUUGUUCUCUUUUUCUCACAGUAUUCUAUCUACCUACUACCUACAUCAGUAACUACAUACUACAUCUGUAUCUACUUUACUUGAUGUUACAUGAGAGAUUUGCAAUUAAAUUCGAAUCGUCAUCGGUAA